AUGGUGAACUGCAUACAGAUUAUGAUGGUGCUGCUGUCAGAUGGGGCCUUACCCAUCAUAAAGAAUCCGCUUAUGACUGUUGCCAAGCUUGCUUGGAUCAUGCUAAACAUGCCAAAGAGGGCGGAAAAACCCAGACUUAAUUUUAAGAACAAAUAUUCAGACUCUUACAGAAAUGCUCACCCAAAUGCACCAGUUAUUGUUCCAUGGGUCUCUGGUGUAGUCGGUGCAUAA